AUGGUGGGCACGCUGGAUGAGGGGAAGAUCAUCGAGUACUUCAGGAACAAGAGCGUCCUCAUCACCGGAGCCACGGGCUUCCUUGGCAAGAUAAUGGUGGAGAAGAUCCUGAGGGUCCAGCCGGACGUGAAGAGGAUCUACCUGCCGGUGCGGGCGGCCGACGCCGCGGCGGCGAGGCGCCGGGUGGAGACCGAGGUGGUGGGGAAGGAGCUGUUCGGGAUGCUGCGGGAGCGGCACGGCGCCGGGUUCGAUGCCUUCGUCGCAGACAAGGUGGUGGGGCUGGCCGGCGACGUAAUGCGCGAGGGCUUCGGCGUCGACCCCGCCACGCUGCGGGAGCUCCGGCUCGCCGACGAGCUCAACGUCAUUGUCAACGGGGCCGCCACAACCAACUUCUACGAAAGGUACGACGUGGCCCUGGACGUGAACGUGGUGGGGGUGAAGCACAUGUGCGACUUCGCCCGGAAAUGCCCCAACCUCGAGGUGCUCAUGCACGUCUCCACGGCCUACGUCGCCGGCGAGAAGCAGGGGUUGGUGUCGGAGAGGCCGUUCAGGGACGGCGAGACGCUGCGGGAGGACGGCACCCGCCUUGACAUCGACGCCGAGCUGAGGCUCGCCAGGGAACUCAGGAAGCAGAUGGAGGCCGACGACGAUGUGGACCCCAAGGCCCAGAGGAAGGCCAUGAAGGACCUCGGCCUCACCAGGGCCCGGCACUUUGGGUGGCCCAACACGUACGUGUUCACCAAGUCCAUGGGGGAGAUGAUGCUGGCCCAGAUGAUGCCCGGGGGCGACGUGCCGGUGGUCAUCGUCCGGCCCAGCAUCAUCACCAGCGUGCAAAACGACCCACUGCCAGGAUGGAUCGAAGGCACCAGGACGAUCGACGCGAUCCUGAUCGGGUACGCAAAACAGAGCCUGUCGUGCUUCCUCGCCGACCUCGACCUAACCAUGGACGUGAUGCCCGGCGAUAUGGUGGUGAACGCGAUGAUGGCGGCCACGGUGGCGCACGCCUCCUCCACUCGGCCAUCAGAGCCAGAGAAGAAGCCGCCUCCGCAGCAGCAGCACCCUCACUCGGUGCCGGCAGCGCCAACGGUGUACCACGUGAGCUCGUCGCUGCGGCACCCAGCUCCGUACGCGGUGUUGUACCGGACAGGGAUCCGGUACUUCGAGGAGCACCCACGGGUGGGGCCUGACGGCCGCACCGUGCGCACCCGCAAGGUGCGGUUCCUUGGCAGCAUCGCGGCGUUCCACCUCUUCAUGGUGCUCAAGUACCGUGUUCCCCUCGAGCUCCUCCGCCUGCUCUCCAUCCUCUGUUGCGGCCUCUUCGGCCUUGCUGCCCUUUACGACGACCUCGCCCGCAAGUACAGGUUCGUGAUGCAGCUGGUGGACCUGUACGGGCCCUUCUCGCUCUUCAAGGGUUGUUUCGAUGAUGUCAACCUCAACAAGCUUAGGCUCGCCAUGGCCGACGGUGACCAUGCCGAUGCCACCGGCUGUCUAUUCAACUUUGACCCCAAGACCGUUGACUGGGACGACUACUUCUUCAAGGUCCACAUCCCUGGUGUCAUGAAGUACGUCCUCAAGUGA